AUAUACCUGAAAAGGAUUUUUACCUUUUUUUAUAGUUUAUCACAACAGUCGAAUAUCAUUCCGAUAGCAAACUUUCCAUGCUAUGGACGAUUUACAGACGAAAUUCCGACAAUGGGUACCCGGGUAUCUUGGUUAUGGAAUAAUAUAGAUAAAUUUGGUCAUGGACACAAGGAUUAAAAAGUUUUAAAGUCUAUGAGGAGAAAGAGUGGUAUUUCAAUCCGUGCAAUAAAAUAUAUAACGUUAAAAACUUAACACUAUUUUAAGCAAAAUAUUAUGUAAUCACGAGCGAUAAAAAAAAUUGAAUUCUACAGAUAUGGUACAAAGAAGAUAACCACAGUUCUUACGUUGAGCCUAGAAAGAAUACAGUUCUUAAAAUUAAGCGCGUUCGCGCAAUUGUGAAUCAUAGCUAUGAACAAGGACAAUACUUUAUUGCAAAUACGCUUGGAAAGACCUGUUUACGAUCACGAAACAUUGAAUCAGAAUUAUGAUUACGAGAAACCAAAAUCAUCCCUGAUGCGGAAUGCGAUAAAUGAUGUUAAAUCGAAGAACUGGCAGUUUUGUAUAGCGUCGACAGUCCCAGUGGUACAAUGGCUCAGUCAAUACAAUUGGAGAAAAAACAUGUUGUCUGAUAUCAUUUCAGGUCUAACCGUGGCAAUUAUGCAUAUACCGCAAGGUAUGGCCUAUGCGCUUCUGGGAAAUCUGCCACCAGUGGUCGGCAUAUACAUGGCCUUUUUUCCUGUUUUUGUGUACUUCUUUUUCGGCACGUCCAAGCAUGUGUCUAUAGGAACUUUUGCUGUGGUUUGCCUAAUGACUGGGAAAAUAGUAACGUUUUACUCGAGUCCAGACACGGAACACACGUUUGCGAAUAUUACGGAUACUAUUUCACAAAAUCACGGGGAUGUCGUAUAUACGCCUAUGCAGGUAGCAACAGCCGUGACAUUAAUGGUCGGAAUACUUCAGAUAAUAAUGUAUACAUUCCGAUUAGGCAUUGUGACGACAUUGCUUAGUGAAACUUUGGUGAACAGCUUUACAACAGCAGCUGCUGUUUAUGUUUUAAUAUCUCAGAUCAAGGAUCUUUUUGGCUUAAAACUGCCAAAGCAAAAAGGUUACUUUAAACUGAUUUUUACUGUUAUAGAUAUAAUUAAAGAAAUAAAAAAUACUAAUAUAGCUGCUGCGAUCGUAUCGACUGUAUCAAUUAUUAUUCUUGUUUUUAACAAUGAAUUUUUAAAGCCAAGAGCGAGCAAAAAGUGCAACAUACCAAUACCCAUUGAACUUAUUGUAGUGGUUGGUGGGACAUUAGUCUCUCGGUAUUGUGACUUACCAAAUAUUUAUAGUAUUGAAACCGUUGGGCACAUUCCUACGGGAUUGCCUAAACCAGAAGUGCCAAGUUUCCAACUGUUACCGUUAGUAUUGAUCGAUAGUAUUGCGAUAACCAUGGUUUCAUAUACCAUCACUAUAUCAAUGGCGUUGAUAUUUGCACAAAAACUUAAUUACAAAAUAGAUUCAAAUCAGGAACUUCUUGCGAUGGGCUUUAGCAAUAUAAUGGGUUCCUUCUUCUCAUGUAUGCCAAUAUCGGCUUCUUUAAGCAGAUCUCUUAUUCAGCAAACCGUCGGAGGACGCACGCAGAUAGCGAGCAUCGUAUCCUGUUUAUUAUUACUCAUUAUACUUUUGUGGAUCGGGCCUUUUUUUGAGCUUCUACCGAGAUGUAUCUUGGCUUCUAUAAUAGUUGUAGCAUUAAAAGGGAUGUUUCAACAAGCCAAUCAGCUCGUUAAAUUUUGGAAACUGAGCAAAGCCGAUGUUAUAAUAUGGAUCGUAACAUUUCUCGUUGUGACACUGAUAAACAUUGAUGUCGGAUUGCUCGCGGGAUUGUCCGUGUCAUUAGUCACAAUUUUACUACAAACUAUUCGGCCAUACACAUGUUUGCUGGGUCACAUACCGCAUACAGAUCUGUAUUUGGACAUAGGCAGAUACAAAGCGGCGAUGGAGAUAUGCGGAGUAAAAUUAUUUCACUAUUGCGGGAGUUUGAAUUUUGCCAAUAAUAAUUAUUUCAAGUCUACCGUACACAGACUGGUAGGAACAAGUCCACAACAAGUUAUGAAACAUAGAAAAAAGUUGGCCGAGGAAGGUCACAUCUUAGACGAGAAAAAUCCCAGAGAGACAUGCGAAUUGCAUUGUAUAAUCAUGGACAUGAGUGCAUUGAGUUAUAUCGAUCCCAGUAGCGUUCAGGUACUGCAUGCAGUCGUAGAAGAGUUCGCGCAGGUAGAUAUCGAUUUUUGCUUUGUCAAUUGUCCUAGUCCUAUUUUCGAGACAAUCAAGAAAUGUGAUUUGUAUAUAUACGGGAUGAUGUCAUUGAAAAUCUUUGCAACUAUACAAGAUGCUAUUGUUUAUUUUCAAAAUGAAACAACCUCAAGAUAAUGAAAAAAAGUUUUUUAUUAUACUGUGUAGUUGUGAAUGUGUGUGUAUCCCGAAUUUAAAUGUUAAAGCGGGAGUGUAUGAAGGAAUUGGUAAACUGAAAAAAGGUUCUUAAAGAUUGGUUCGCGUUUUUUAGGAAAAAUCGCAAAAUUUUCAUUUCUUUACUUAUUUACACUGAACCUAUAUAUGUAUAUGAUGUUUCUAUUAACAAUUGCUUUCCUCAUAAAUGUAGCUUUACUCUUCAAAUUGUAUAUGAGCUUGAUGAAUCAAAAAAUAUAUGUACAUAAAUAUUUAGAAAAUUUUAACAAUUUGUUUUUAUAAUAUAUUUGUAAAAUAUUACUGCAUUAUUAUAGUCAUAUUGCAGAUUUUAAUAAUGUUUUUGAAACAUUGCAUUGCAAUAUACAAAAAUAUUGCAAUGUUGCUGCAAAGUUGAUUGCAAAGUCCUGUAUCGAGGCCAACAUUUGAAAGAAUACCUUCGUUAAGGAAGUGUCAACAUGAAUAAAUAAGUGUUUAAAUAAAUGUUUAAAUGUGAAUUAAAUAAGUAAAUAAAUGAGAAAAUAAAAAUUUUUUUGUUUUUGCGAUUUUUUCCAAAAUGAAGCGAAAACGAGCAAAUCACUAAAGGACUUUUUUUCUUAAUUCAUCGAUUCGUCGUAUGUUCCGAAAUUUUAAAUACGUUACAUACAAUACAUAAAUAGAAUACAUAUAUUUUUUGUUAUAGCUCUUGUUAUAACUAUAUUAAUAAUUAUAUUAAUGUAUGAUGAAAGAAUGUAUGUACAGUUGCAUUUUGCAUAUUUAUUUUAACAAUUGCGUAUUUACUGUUAUUUUUCUCUAUGAUAUAUCUUUGCAAGAUAGUUUGUGAAAUUAUAUAAAUAAGACAGUUAUAAUUAAUUUUUUACUCCCGACUGCUGCCAAUCGAAGGAUAGCACAAGAGAGGGAGUAUGCGUUUUUAUUUAUAUUGUUAAUUUUCUUUACAAUACAGCAUAAAAUGCAGCAUUGUAUAAUAUAAAACCAGCCGAAAGUUUAAAAACGCUUAUGAUUUUCUCGCAUCUUAAGAAAAAUUAAAUAUCUCAGUAAAAGAAAAUCGUAGAGAAGUUUUUAAAAAUGCAUUUUAAAGCUUCUGACCUCUCGCUGCAACUAUAUUGUGAUGUCGGCGAGAAAUCACACAUUAACAACCCAAUUUUUUCUAUGCCAUUUGCAAAUAAAAAUAAAUUUGCAAUAUGAGAUAAACUUUAUUGUCGCUAGUAAUAGAGAGAUUCAAUAAAAAAAAAAUUUAGCAUAACUGGCAAUUUAUUAAUAAACUUGAUUACACAAUUUCUAUCUUAUAUUCAGAUCCUUAUUAAGUGAUAUUGAAUAAAGAAAAAUAAAUUAGAAUGAAAUAACACAUGACAUAACUUUAAUACUUCUAACAUAUACUUGUAACAUAACUUCUAACAUGUGACGAACGCUAUCGUUUUUCCUUGAUAAUCAAUACAUAAAAUACAUAAAUACGUAAAAUAAAUAUGAUAUAGAACUAUUUUUUCUUAUUAUAAGAAGAAAAUGUUUCUUUUAUAUAUAUAUAAUAAUACUAAGUAUUCAUAUUUUGAACGUCUCAUAAGUAACAAGUUAUAGCAUCAGAUGCAAUGAUUAUUGAUUGAAUGAAGAAUAAUUAUGAUAUUGUACGGACGAAAAAAUCGUAUUGUCAACGUGUCAUUUUUCGCAUCGUAAAAAUAUAGCACCAAAGCAAAUAUGAGGGGAAAAAUUUUUACUAUGUUAGAGUUUUGUUUUAUUCUUAUAUUUUAUCCUUUUAUUCUAAAUUACAUUAAACUAAAAAAUGCUACUUUUUUCUUUUAUUCUGAAACACUUGAUAAAUGUGCGGCUUGAUAAAACAUCAUUGGAUAAAAAUUAACGAAAAAAAAUUUUAAAAUAUGCUUUUAAAUGCUUUUUUGAUGUAAUAAUUUCUCGUCAUAAUAUUAAAUUCUUUCUGUAAAACUUGAUUUUAAAUAAAAUGUUUAUUAAUUUUAAAACUAAGGUUUACAGAAAAAAAUGUUAGUUAAAAUAAAAAAUGUACUUGAUUUUCACAAUUUUUGUUAAAAAAUUUUUAAAUUUAUAAGAUUAUACUUUUUGUGAAAUGUGUUCUCGUGAUUUUCUAAUCAUAAGUGUUUUUGAACUUGACUAAUAGUAUAUACAUAUGUCGGAAUCAGAUUACAAAAUCUGUCUUAUAAAAGUUUAAGUGUUUUAUAAAGUACCCCCCGCCAUAUUUUCAAAUCAUAGUUAAAUAUGAAAUAUUUUAUAAUCUAAAUUUUAGGUUUGUUAUAAAAUAUAUUAACCCUUAAAGAUGGCACACUUGGGACUAACAUAGCUGGCAUAUUGGGAUACUAUUCCGUAAUCACUUACCGACAAUUAUCAAUAUUGUUAGAUGUCUUUCCGCACGUAUUUUGAUAUAUGAAAAAAUAUGCGCAACGACACUUAACGAUAUUGAUAAUUGUCGGUAAGUAGUUACGGAAUAGCGGUACUGGACCGUUUGAGACCCCAACCAUUCAAACGCUUGCAACGACAACUUUUGAGUUUUUUUACUUAUUAAAAUUCCUAGAUACUCUUCAAUUAUCAACUUAAAUGAAAAAUUAUGUCGUUUUCAUGAAAUGUUAUAUUAAGUUAUGUUAAAAAAAAUAUAUAUAUAAACUUGAAAAAUGACUUUUUUUACUUAAAAAUUAAUAACUUUUCCAUUUUUCAAUAUUAAGAGCUAAAAUUUUACCUGGAUACUCUGGAAAUAUAGCACUUUAAAGAAAAAAAUAAUAAAAUAGUGGUUCUUUCAAAAAAGGUAUUUAUUUUGAGAAUUGUGACGAAUUUUGACCAAUUAAUAAAUGCUUUUUUUCUCAUUAUAAAUUUAUUUAUUCAGUGAAUGUGACUAAAUAUUACAUCUUAAAUGAAGAAAAAUGCCAUCUUUGUUCUUAAGUUUCGAGCUCGGUCGGCUACGAAUCGCGUGACUCCAAAAGAUGCUGUUUUAAAGUGGCAUUUUUCAAAUCAACGUCCAUUUCAAAUUCUUCUACAAAUUUUGAAUAAUCAGAACUCUGUAUAGAUUGAGUCUCACUACUGUCUGGAUCAUUUGUAUGAUCCUCUUCGAGUAGUUGGCGUAUAGGUCGAGACCGUAAUUAUAUGCUAUCUAAUAUACCAGAAUAACAUGUUAUAACUUCAAAAUAAAAAUUAAAAACUUUGAAAAUGUACUCAUCUUUUUCAACGUCUUGAUGAAAAA